AUGAGAAGGUGCCUGUGCCCCGGCGGCCUCUUGCGAACUGGUCGUGGGCCAACAAUCUCUUCUCGACGUGUCUCCCUUCCUUCCGCGCUCCAGACCCGACUUGCAUCGGCAAAAUGCAACAUAAAGCCCAAAGAGUACAAUUUUCUACUUAGCUACAACUCUCUACCACCGUCUCCUCUCCGGCAAUGGGAAAAGUACAAUAUCGAUUCCUGGAUACCACUUUUGGAAAAAUGUGUUCCACCAGCACAAAAAGGCGAGAGUCCUCCGGGUAAGCCCGAGGCUGGUGCUUCACUGCUAGACAAUGCAGCCAUUCUUGAUCGCGGCCAUACUUUGAAAGCAUACAUGUACCAUGCGAGAAAUGAAGCCAGAUUAAAUCUCAUCAAUCAUCUGGGAUUCAAUUUGGGGCAAUGGUCUUAUGCAUACCGCCUUCUGGGCACUUUCAUCGACACUUACGAAGUGCUCAUUCCUUACAUGACUCCUGAGCGUCCAACAUCUUGCUUUGCCUGGAAAAACACAGGACUUUCUCUUGAUGAGCUUUCGGAGGCUCCUCAUGAUGAUCUUAUAAUUAAACGCGAGCUGAUCCCGAUAUAUCCGCCUUCUGACAACAUCCCUAUUGCAAUGCUGACAGGAGCUCGACCAGCAGCACGGGAAUUCGCUCGCACGUUCUUGGGGGAAAUAUUAGUGAACCUUGGUUCGUUGGUACUGGAAGCUGCAGAUCGACCAGCAGUUGAGUCCGAGCUUGCAAUGUCCUGUGUUUACCGUAUCCUUGCUCGUUUGCACCACCUGGACUUGAUUUCCGACAGAGUUUAUCAAUCACCAGAUGACAAAACCAAUAUAUCAUCACACCGACCACCCGGGUUACAUCUGCUUACGGGCCACAUUAUGAGUGUUCUUUCUGACGCAGCAUGGUUGGAACACGAGUCUGCACUUGCAUCCGCAGCCACCGAAGCAGGAGAGGAACCCCCUUUCGUUCCUUUCAAGGUGGGAGUUCGAGAGUUGGGUCAUGAGAUAUGGUUAGAGCUCAUUCUUUGGUGCUGCGUUGAACACGGAUUCAACAAACAGGGGGCUUGGUUGGUGGGUCAAAUGAGCGGGCGCAAAUCCCAGUCAACUUGGAACAUUGAGAGCUGGGCGCCUCUUGUGGAAGCUCUUGACCUUGUGCAACAGACCAACAUUAGCACUGAGCGGGUCUGGCGUCGUCCAGGCCAGGAAAACCCAGUCGUGACCCACAAGGGCUCCAAAAAGCUCCCGUUCAACGGACUUGGUCUAAGAACAAUUAGCGCUGAGGUAGUUUCCAGUCUACGAAACGGGCUCUCCAAUUCCGCUUACAAUGGAGUUGGUUUCCAUGGGUCCGCUCCUUCCGAACUGCUCACUUACGCAAAGCCUCUUACCGCUUUGCUUGACCCUCCUGGCCCUGCUGACGAUCUUCGUCCUACAAGAAGGACUACGACUGGGAACAUUGUCCGUAUCAUCGAGUCUGGCUGUCUAAAGCCAAUGGAAGAUCCAGUCGCGCUCGGGAAGGUGUUAGGGUCUACUCAAAAUCUGGUCCCCCCGUGGGAAACGGAUCCAGUGCCCUCAACAGAGGAUCUGAAUAACAUGACGAGAGCACAACUGUAUGACCAGACCGCAGCUCUAACUGGCCUAUUGCAGUAUAAUAUUAAAAGCUACAGCUACAAACGCCAAGCUACCCAGGCCUUCACCCAGUACGCGUGGCUUCAAAACAUCGUUGAUGCAAGCAAGGUCCACCACAUUGAAGCGUUCUUUGAGCAUCUCAAUAGAUCUCAAUCUAUGGAUGUACCAUUUUUUGAUGCACAACAAAUCAACACACCUCAAUCGCAGCCGUCGUCCCUUCCCCAGGUGUCACUUACUACGCUGGCUGAUUUACUUGAUUUGGCCACUGCUGCUCGAGCCGAUGAUUUUGGAAACUGGUUGCUCUUAAACAACGACCUUGAUGGUCCAUCGAUUCCACGUUCUGCAUAUGGCACCCAAGUUUUAGCCCCAUCGAUUCUUCGCUUUGCAUCUGCCACGCGGAAUUCCGAAUUGAGCCACUCCGUGAUUAAGUCAUUGGAAUUCCCACUUACCGUGAACACGCUCAGAUCGAUGGCUAACGUCCACAUUGAAUUUGGCGACUGGAACCGCGCGAUUCUGGCCUUCGAGUAUAUGCGUGACUAUAGGCUGAAGUCCUGGGGCUUUAGUAACCUCUUAGCCCUAGGAGCAAAGAUAGUCAGGCUUGAAGGUGCCUUAAAGCUCCGGCCGGCCAGUGGAUUCGAAGAUACAGCACAAAAAACUUUAAGGCAAAGCCUCGACCAUGCAAAACAUCUUCUAUUUCGCUUCUUCUCUGGGGAAUUUAACACGCCUAGAAGCAAGCUACCGAGAACAAAUAGCUACCAAUGGAAAGCUCUUGAGCGCACGCGAACCAUUUUUCGAAAAGUUCCCGGUGAGCUGGGAGUCCUUGCAGGCCAAAUACAACUCGCCCGCAAACUCUCCAGUCGCGAAAGACUCCCAUAUGUCCCCACCGUCUCCUUUCACGUUCUUCUCACCGCCAUCCUCGACGUUCACGGCUGCAAAGUCGGUCAUGAAUUCGCGGUCCGCUGGCUCCAAAAAACCCCCAAUCCACAGAAAUGGCGUCAGCGAGAAGGAGGCGUCUCCCGACUUCAUCUCCACGCCGAGCGUGACUUUAAACUGCGUGAUCCUGAUUACAAACUCGCUUGGCAUGAGCAUUCCAUGGCAAAGGCUGUCAUUCCCGAUUUGAACACGAUUCGCAUUCUUGUCCGGGCUGCCAUGCGUGAGCUUGAAGUAACACCACAGGAGAAGAUCAAGGCUGAACCGCUCCCCGCCGGUCAAGGCUACCAACUCGACGUUUCGAGAUCCAUCUAUAAGUACCUGACCGUUGACGGCGGUAGGCCACCUGCUACAGAGAUCGAGGCCAUUCUCGAUUGGUGUGCAGCUUUCCUUCUACGUGUUGGCAUGGAAGAUGCUAUCGACAUCGAGAUCCCGGGCCAUACGAGCCGUCUGCGGGGCCGUGGUGUUCUUACUGCACCUCGAGAUAAACGUCUUCGGGCCCGCUUUAAGGAGAUUCAAAAUUCUCCUUGGAUGAAUGCUUUCGUUAAGGAAGUGGCAACAGAUAAUUGA